AGUUGGGCCAGUGAGACGAGCUGUGAUUGGCCGCCGGGGGGAUUAUAGAUAUGUAUAGAUAUGUGGCGUGGCUCAACUGAGGGGGGCGGGACACUAUUUUUUUUUUUUUUUUUGGGAAGCGAAGCGCUUGUUCAUUGAUAUUUACAAGUAGACCGGAUUAAUGAUAUUUUUCGCAUGGACAAAUGUAAGUGGAGGGUUUAUCUCGCUGUCGUUUUGGACUCGAGUUGACUGGAUUUUCCCUGUCUGCUUUCCGAUUCUGUUGAAAAGUAGCGUUAGCAUAAACAAAGUAUGCUAGCCGGGGUGUUGUUGGUCAUUUUUUAAUGUUGCCGACACGCUCGCGCACGUCCCGUGAAACGUGUCCGCGUGUCCGUGUUCGUGACGUGACAAUCCCACAUUCUCGCCCGCCUCCUAUGCUACGGCUAGUUGUCUCGUCCCGCACGGACUCCGUUGAGAAGUAAGCCACUUUUUAAGUCACGGCCGCGUGUUUUUUUAAAAAUUGUUUUUAUUUUUUUUAAUUUGUCCCGUGAAAGCUUCACGUCGUGACAUCGAGCGAAAACUCCCGCCGCCCGGAACGACGAAAGGUCUGUUUUUAAAAGUCGUGUGAGAGCGCCACGCUGCGUGAUCGUGAUUAUGUCAAAGUUCAUACCGAGGAAAAGUUUUUCGCCGGGGAGGAUUUCUUAAGCCUGGCUCGGAGAAUUUGCCCACCUUUGGCUGCAACGUUUUUGUCGGCAACCCACCUUUCAGCUACUAUUGCACAAAGUGAACGUUGAUAUGCCACAUCAGUGAUGGAGCCCAUGACGGUUACUACGUCGGUGGCGGGACCGGAUGAGUUCGACCGCAACGUCCCGCGGAUAUGUGGGGUGUGUGGCGACAAGGCCACCGGCUUCCACUUCAACGCCAUGACCUGUGAGGGCUGCAAGGGCUUCUUCAGGCGUAGUAUGAAGCGUAAAGCCUCCUUCACCUGCCCGUUCAACGGAAGCUGCACCAUCACCAAAGACAACCGGCGUCACUGCCAGGCGUGUCGCCUCAAGCGCUGCAUUGACAUCGGCAUGAUGAAAGAGUUCAUCCUCACAGAUGAAGAGGUCCAAAGGAAGAAGGACAUGAUAAUGAAGAGGAAGGAGGAGGAGGCGGCCAAGGAGGCGUCGAGGCCUCGGCUCAAUGACGAGCAGGCCCAGAUCAUCACUUCCCUGGUGGACGCUCACCACAAGACCUACGAUGCCUCCUAUGCAGACUUCUCACGCUUUAGGCCUCCAGUGCGUGAAGGUCCAGUUACACGCAGUGCCAGCAGAGCCGCCUCCCUUCACUCCCUGUCUGACGCCUCCUCAGACUCCUUCAACCACUCGCCUGAGUCGGUGGACACCAAGAUGAACUUCAGCAACCUGCUGAUGAUGUACCAGGACGGCGCCAGCAGUCCGGACUCCAGCGAGGAGGACACCAAGCUGUCCAUGCUGCCCCACCUGGCCGACUUGGUGUCCUACAGCAUCCAGAAGGUCAUCGGGUUCGCCAAGAUGAUCCCGGGCUUCAGAGAACUGACGGCAGAAGACCAGAUUGCUCUGUUGAAGUCGAGUGCCAUCGAGAUCAUCAUGCUGCGUUCUAAUCAGUCCUUCAGCCUGGAGGACAUGUCCUGGAGCUGCGGGGGACCCGACUUUAAGUACUGCGUCAACGACGUCACAAAGGCCGGUCACACUCUGGAACUGCUGGAGCCGCUGGUCAAGUUCCAGGUGGGUCUGAAGAAGCUGAGUCUGCACGAGGAGGAACACGUCCUGCUCAUGGCCAUCUGCCUGCUCUCCCCAGACCGCCCCGGCGUGCAGGACCACGCCCGCAUCGAGCAGCUCCAGGACCACAUGUCGGAGACCCUGCAGGCCUACAUCCGAGUCAACCACCCGGGGGGGCGCCUCCUCUACGCCAAGAUGAUCCAGAAGCUGGCCGACCUGCGCAGCCUCAACGAGGAGCACUCCAAGCAGUACCGCUCGCUCUCCUUCCAGCCCGAGCACAGCAUGCAGCUCACCCCGCUGGUGCUGGAGGUGUUCGGCAGCGAGGUGUCGUAGCAGAAAGCCUCCGCCGCCAGACACCCCCUCCGCCCCCCCCUUUCACACGCUAUCGGGAAAAACCCCAUCAUGUGCCACCAUCCUCCGCCUCCUUCCGGGAUGGAUGAUGGAUGGAUGUGACUUCCCGCAUCCUUAUUGGUUAGUAUCUGCUUUCAUGCAAACUGGCUGGGAGGGAGAGGUCUCUUUAGCGAGCUGGACGAGGACGGGUGGGAAAAGGAGAGCGUCACUACGGUUGUAUUUCCUUGCUCUCUGAGACAAAAGGGAAUAUUGCAGGAAUGUAUGUUUAAUGACAUGUAUAAGCUGAACUAUAAGAAGAUAUAUUCUAUAAAAAAUAUAUAUAUGUAUAUUUAAGAGAGGGUUGAGAGGAAGUGUAGAGAGUAGAGGAUUCGAAGGCUGCUGUGAGUCGUCUUUGAAUGCUGAGAAGUGUGUGAGGAGUCCUUGUGUUUCUAUGUGUGUGUGUGUGUGUGUGUGUGUGUGUGUGUGUGUGUACGAUGUAACGACAAUUGGACCACAAGGGGAGUGUGAGGCCUCGGCGCAGGGAAGGAAAGAACUUCUCUAUUUCUUUUUUUUUUCACCUCUUUGUCGUUUUUCCCGGACCUGUGAAGCUCGGAGACUCGACGACGUCGCGUUUUGUUUUUUCUUUUUCUGUCGGAUGGCGACUCUCCGGGCCGUAUUUGUCGGGCUGCUAAAGACCACGGCGACAAAAAAAAAAAAACCCCAAGUUCGCUCGCCGUUACCUCAGGGAAAAAGAAGGAGAAGAAAAAAAAAGCAAGUUUGUCCCGGUGAGGAUCGACGGGCCGCGGCGUGCAAGCUAACGCAAUCAGACGACGCUCGAUUGUUUUCCAAGCUCACUGUGAUUUGGCGGAGGACAGUCGACGUAAGCUAGUAAGCAGAGACGCACGUGCAUGAACCAAAGCUGGCACUUUUUAAAUGGGUUUUUAUCUCCAGCAGCAAUGUUGGGAGCUUAAUGCAUGCUGUAAAAAAAAAAAAACGAGUUGAUUACAAAUAUGUAAUCUAUAGCAGGGGUCACCAACCUUUUUGAAAGCAAGAGCUACUUCUUGGGUAGUGAUUAAUGCGAAGGGCUACCAGUUUGAUACACACUUCAAUAAAUUGCCAGAAAUAGCCAAUUUGCUCAAUUUACCUUUAACUCUAUGUUAUUAUUCAUAAUUAAUGAUAUUUACACUUAAUUGAACGGUUUAAAAGAGGAGAAAACACGAAAAAAAUGACAAUUACAUUUUGAAACAUAGUUUAUCUUCAAUUUCAACUCUUUAAAAUUCAAAAUUCAACCGAAAAAAAGAAGAGAAAAACUAGCUAAUUCGAAUCUUUUUGAUAAAAAUUUAAAAAACAAUUUAUGCAACAUCAUUAGUAAUUUUUCCUGAUUAAGAUUCAUUUUUGAAUUUUGAUGACACAUUUUAAAUAGGUUAAAAUCCAAUUUACACCUUGUUAGAAUAUAUAACAAAUUGGACCAAGCUAUAUUUCUAAC